CAACUUUCUCCUACUACUGGAACAUUCCUUUUUCCUUCAUGCAAUCUUGAGAGCUUAUUAAAGUUCAACAUUAAAUCCAAGGCUCAGAGUGAACUCGAUUUGGUGUCAAAUAAGUUGACAACAGGAAAUAAGGCCCCUGAAAAUUUUAAAAAUCCCUCGCAUUUGCUUGAUGCUGCUAAACGGGACUGUUCUGGAGAUGCAGCUGCUGAAACUGAAAUGUCGCGAGAUAAAUUCUUGGAUGCUGAUUGUCCUAGUUCACAGUCGAACAUUACUAAUACAGAAAGCGAUUAUAAUGAAAGUGGCCCCAAUCGAAAUCUUGAAAAGGAUCCAAAAGCAGCAUACUUUUCUAAGGAAGUUUCCAGGAAUUCCGAGGAUGGAUACAACUGGAGGAAAUAUGGACAGAAACAUGUGAAAGGAAGUGAAUUUCCUAGAAGCUAUUUCAAAUGUACUAAUACAAAUUGUCCAGUGAAGAAAAAGGUUGAGCGCUCACAUGAUGGCCAAAUUACGGAAAUUGUGUACAAGGGUUCUCAUAAUCACCCAAAACCUCAACCCUUUAGGCGAUGUGACUUACAAGAAACUAGUGAAGGCAAUGGAUCAUAUUUGCGAGCUGAAGGUAGAACAGCUUGGAGAAACAUUGUGCCAGGGUUUAGGGAUAUGCGGUAUGGUUUGAACAGGACGUCUUCCACAUCAUUUCUACGUGAUUUUUCUUAUCCACCAUUAUCAAAAUCGAUGAGCUUAUUUGAACCAGUAGGAACUCCAGAAUUCUCAUCUACAUUUGCCAGUCAAGAUGUUGAUGAAGAUGAAGAUGAAGAUGAAGAUGAAGAUGAAGAUGAGGCCACUCUAGAUAGCACGUAUUUAGAUGAUGACGAUGAUGAUAAUGAUGAAUCUGAGCCUAAAAGGAGGAAGAAAGACAGUUUCCCAAUCGAAACUACUAUGUCAUCAAGGUCGACUCGCGAACCUCGAGUAGUUGUCCAGAUAGAAAGUGAUAUUGAUAUUCUGGACGAUGGAUAUCGAUGGAGGAAGUAUGGUCAAAAGGUUGUUAAAGGAAAUCCAAACCCGAGGAGCUACUACAAAUGCACUACUCCUGGAUGCCCGGUGAGAAAACACGUGGAACGAGCUGCUGAUAAUUUAAAAUCUGUAAUCACAACAUAUGAGGCGAAGCACAACCAUGAAGUGCCUUCAUCCAAAACCGGAAGCCUUGUAAUACCUAACGUUGCAAAUUUACCGUCUACUGUCACCAACAGUACCCAAUCUGCCUCAUUGUCACUGCCUCAGAAUCCAGGCAUGUCAAAAGCUGGAAAGCUGGUUCAAGAUCUCCCCUUAUACUUAGAAAGGAAGCCCAUCUUAAGUACUGAAUGCACGAACUCCAGUCUUCUUGGAAAUUUUGUCAGUGAUAUGAACUUCGGAACUUCUUCGAUUUACCAAUUCGAGUCUGCUCCAUUGCGUUCCGUACCUUAUGGAUCUCUUCUGAUGAGCUCCAAUGACAUGGAUACAUACAAUUCUUCGAAUAUUUAUCCUUUUGUGCCUGAUUAUGUUCCAAUGCCAUUGCCAAUGAAUCAUCUUUCUGGAUCAGGAAAUGUCCAUCUGGGCAAUUUUCAUUUUGGCAAUCAUAUGUUGCCAAAUGGUGCGAAUAUUCAGUCUUCGAUUCAAGGGCAGCCAAUCAGAGAGUGCCACACUAAGAUUCUGAAGCCAAAAGAGGAGCAGAAGGAUAAUAAUAAUGAUGAUUUAUACGAAGCUUGCCUGUCCGUUCCCGAUCAUGCAAAUGCAACAUCAUCAAGAAGUUUUUCUAGGGCCAUAGAAAAUUUCCUAUCUUGACCAACAAUUUUCUCUUGGCUAUUCCAAACCAUGUUUAGGGUAGUGGGAACUCUCCAAUGAUCGUCACAGGCACCAUUCUCGUGCAAUUUGGUGAUUAAAGUGUCUUUUCCUUUGUAUUCUUUCUGCAUAAGAUGCAUAGAACUCUCUGUAAAUAUUCUUUUCCAAACUUCACAUUUUUGCUAUUCUGCAGUGUGAAGUAAAUUAAUGAAUUUGUAGUUUUAUGCUGUC